CCCUCACUCUUCCCUUCCUCUUCUUUCCCUCAUAACAAGGGCGGUUUGCACAGUUUGUAUUCAGUAGUGCAUUUUAGUGUUUACAGUUUAUUUUUGCUGGCAUGCUUUUUAUUGGUGGUGUCACUACCUAGACAAUGGCUGAAUCCUGUGCAUUCUUAAUAAUAUGCUGGUGAACCUGUUAAGGUGAUAUGUAAUUAGAUUGUCUGCUUAUGGCACUGAGAGGUAUAGCAAGGCUUUUAUGCUGAUUACAAAGACAGUUUGAACUAGAGGAAAAACCUUAGAGAAACACCUGGAGAGCCUUUUAGCGAAUGGAGUACUGCUGGACUGAAGAGUCUAGCAUUAAAUAUAUCAAUCAAACCCUUUACAGACCUUUGGAAAUAGUGUCACUAAUCAAAUUUCUAUAUGUUAGAAUAUUUAAGCAGUAGACUGUAAAAUUUAAAUUUAUAUUAAGAUUUGCCCUAUGACUUUCUUGUAUUAUUUUAGUAAGUGUUGAUACACUUUUGGCACCACAGCAUCAAUUUUUGAUAAUGUCCAUUCCUGUGUGACCCAAAGAUAUAGGAUUGCAGUUGAGUGUCUGGGGUGGUGGAUGAGGGAAGAGAGAGAGGCAUUUGGUGGCCGAGUCAGGCCUACAACCUUGUCAUCCUGACCCACGGCCUUGUUGCUUUCUUUUCUGGCUUGUAUUUUGCUUCUCAUUAUAUAUGGAUGAUGUAGGGUAAAUGCACCUGACAGCAAUAACUUAAGUGGACCCUUAGAAUGUUACCUUGUGUGGCAGAUGCACCUGAAUAUGUGUUCCCAUCUAGGGAAUCCUGAAGUUGCCAACUUGGAGAUUCAGUCCUUGGCUGUAAAGGAACAACUGAGUUCCCCCCAGCCUGUCUUGUGCAAUGGGUGUGGUAUAGAGGCCCUGCAUCUGGGGUUGCAUAAAGGAUGCCAGGUGGAGGUCCUUGGUUAGGGAGGGUGUGAAGUGAAAAUGCUACAUGAAUUGCAUGAUGCUUGCAGGCAGGUGUGGGUCCCCUGUCCUUCCCACUGCCACUGGACUCUGUUCUAUGUAAGCCCCUAAUAACACCCUGGCUGGCUCUGGGUCCCUUCAGCCUCUUGAACCUGGUGCCUUCCAUAUUAAGGUUAAUAGGGGUUCGGCACAUCCAUUGACCUGCCGCUUGCUGUUUCUUUCUUUUCUCAGUUCUGGAGUAUCUGAAGGCAGAAAUGAUUAUUCCAGAUCCUAGAACUGACAGACCUUAAACUCUCAUCAGUUACCUUUCUCCCGCAAACACCUACCUUGGUCACACAGUGGCUUCCUAGAGAAUUAAAAACUAGCACUGUUUUUUUCCCUUCUGUUUUCAUUAAUCAGCUUCUAAUUAACCUUAUAACCACCAUUAAUAUAUGGAAUUGAUAUAAUUUCAGCCCAGUGCAGAAAAACUUGAUAUUUUUACUUUUCAGGACGGCUUCAUCUUGAGUAAAAAAUCUAAUUGCAAUGAGGCCUUUUGAAAUGUGGAAGGUAGACUUCAGCCCUUUCUGAACCCUGCCUGGGAACCACUGUGCCCUGGAUGAUUAAGAGACAGCUGAGGUCAUCUCCUUGGACGCCUUUGAGUUUGGAUUGAUAAACACAUCUGAGCUGCUCAGUAUCAGUCCACAUGGGUUGAACUUUAGCCAAACCACUCAAGGAAACUUGUGUAGCUUUGUUCAGUGUGUGAAACCAGCCUUUUCCCACUUGAAUAAGGUUUUCUUCCAAGUGGUUCGGUAGGAAUGAAAUAUAGCUAGUUCUGCCAGAAUUCCCCCAGACAGCCUUGACCCCGUGCUGUGUUGAGCAGGCACUGCCGCCUCUGUGUUCUGAGCUGGAGAUCUGCUUGCAGGCCUCCGCUGGGCCUGCCUGCUCAGGGGGUAGGAGGAAGGGUAUUUGAGAGCUCCGAGGCCUAUGCGAAUCCUGUGCUUUUUUUCUUUUUAAAUAAAAGAAAAAGGACAAUUGUCUUAGCUCUGGCUCCAGACUAGGGAUCUGGCGUGGUUCUCUCCAGGCAUAACAGAGAUUAGAUUUAGUUAUGAUACACACCUGAGUCCGGGAUCUGCUCAUUACUGACUCAGCCAUGUGACAUUAUUCAACAAGGCCUUUUUUUUUUUUUUUCUGUGCUCACAUCUAAGAGAAGCAGUACUGUUGAAAACGAACUUGGUGUGUGUCCAUUCAUGGGCUUGCUUCUUGACGUAGCCUAACAUUGUACCUACCUGAUGUGAGAGUUGCAGAAGAUAGCCCAGAUAGAUGACAGCAGCAGAUGUGAUUUGCAAGAUGUGACUGUCAAGGUUGUAGCCCUUUCGUGAUGAUCUUUGCCAGGAGAAAGAGCACUCUGGCUUUAAAAUCAGACAAGUGUGUGUUCAAAGUCUGGUUGUGGGACGUCUGGUCGUUUGGUUCCUGAGCUGAAUGAUAAGAUGUGUCUCCCAGGGUUGCUGUGACGAUUCACGCAGCUGACGCUAAGGUGAAGCCACAGCGAGUGUCUCACUGGGACUAGAGCAUGUUCUUCUCCCGGCCUAUCACUGUUUCCAUCAGUCGGGGAGUGGGAGUGGAGGGAUUCCCUGCACUUUCUGAAGGCUGACUUUAGCCUCUUGGUGACGUCAGUUUUCUGGACAAAUAAGCCACCUCAAAAACAGGUUGAGUGACAGUGCCCAGCAGUAUUAUACCCAUAAGGCUCACAGACUCUGGCUGUCGUCAGAACAAGGCUCAUAACUCUUUUGUUAACCCUGAACUGCUCCUCUGGAGUUGCCUUAGUCAAGGACCUCAUCACAGGACUUCCCCCUCAGAUGGUGAUAGUUGGGGGAAACCGGCCCAGGCGCAGCGGAAGGCACUGUGCUGGACCGUGCAGGCACCGGGGAUGUAGAACCGGCCAGGACUGCUUGCACCGGGGCAUCUCACUGCCUGGCCCUGCGCCUGGGACAAGUAGUGUGGCCUGGUGGAGCUCAGCAUCCUCACCCAACACUGCAGCUAGGUGCUGCUGUAAAGACUUGAAAGCCCUGGGUUGUGGCUUUAGUAGACAAAAAAGCAAAUCUCAAGGUUAAACAAAAUUCAGAUAAUUCCUUGGAUUUGCAGCGGUAAAAUUUAGUAGUAUUAAGGGUCUAAAUUAAAAUGAAGAGCUACGUAUGUUCUCAGUGUUAAUUGCCUUCCAGCCUUCCCCCCCUUUUUUUUUAAUUUCUAAAGGAGAUGCACGGAGUGCUAGUGAAGUACUUUUAGAGAAGAACACACACCCCUUUCACAUAUUGCUGUCUUCUUGAAGCUGGCUGUAGAAAAUCCUUGAAUGACUCCUUUGGUGAGGGCCUUCUACAGUCCAAGUGACCUUAUAGGUGUUUAUCUUUCAGGCUGAUACUGUUUUUUGCACAAAAGUGUACACUUCCCUGAUGGGUUUAGAUCACCAAUUAUAAUUAAGACCUGCUUUGAAAUGCUGUUCCUUAACACAGGCUUUGAAUACGCUAAGAGCCCCAGGUUCAACAUGGGCAGUCUUCAUUUAAACCCAAAGAGAUUUUGAUCACCAUUGCUUUUUUUCUCACUUAGGAUAUACACUUAGCACAUUGAUAGUUUGUCAAUGGAUAGCUUUUCUCAAGGAAAACAUCAUAUGCAACCUCCACUUUUUACGCUUGAAUCCCAGAUGGCCACUGGCACCUUUUAAAUAGCCUCACUUUUGUUGGAGCUGCUGUGUUAGUUCAAGUCCUGCUCCAUUCUGUCUGGCUUUUCCUCUGCUGAUUGUGCUUGGAGAGGCCGUGUUCUGACUUGUCCACUGUGCCUAGAAUCAGCAGACUCAGGUUCCAAAUCCAGCUCACUGUUCUUUUGCGGGGGCUGGCAAAGCAGCUGCCUAGGCUUUUGGUUUGCUGUUGGCAUAAGAGUGUCUCCUCUGUGUUCUAAUGCAGAGGAGAUUAGAGUCAUGCAAAGCUCUCUCAUCCGGAGUCCAAGGCCUGAAUUUCAUGUGUUCCUUGCAUACAAGUGAUGUCCCAGAUUAUAAUUCUUUGCUGAGAUUUGAGUUGGAUUUGAGAAUUUGGAGAAUCCCUGCAGCUUUGUAACUUCAGAGGUAUAAUUAGCUGAAAACGUCAUCGUUUUGAAGAGUUCUGCAUUUUGCCAGUCACCUCUCAACUGUGUGCCAAAGAAGGACUCCAUGAAAGAUGACAGAAGAAGUCAUUGUGAUAGCCAAGUGGGACUACACCGCCCAGCAGGACCAGGAGCUGGACAUCAAGAAGAACGAGCGCCUCUGGUUGCUGGAUGACUCCAAGACAUGGUGGCGGGUGCGGAACGCAGCCAACAGGACAGGCUAUGUGCCGUCCAACUACGUGGAGCGGAAGAACAGCCUGAAGAAGGGCUCCCUCGUGAAGAACCUGAAGGACACACUAGGCCUCGGCAAGACGCGCAGGAAGACCAGCGCGCGGGACGCGUCCCCCACGCCCAGCACGGACGCGGAGUACCCAGCCAACGGCAGCGGCGCCGACCGCAUCUACGACCUCAACAUCCCCGCCUUUGUCAAGUUCGCCUACGUGGCCGAGCGGGAGGAUGAGCUGUCCCUGGUGAAGGGCUCGCGCGUCACUGUCAUGGAGAAGUGCAGUGACGGUUGGUGGCGGGGCAGCUACAACGGGCAGAUCGGCUGGUUCCCCUCCAACUACGUCCUGGAAGAGGUGGACGAGGCGGCUGCGGAGUCCCCGAGCUUCCUGAGCCUGCGCAAGGGCGCCUCGCUGAGCAACGGCCAGGGCUCCCGCGUGCUCCACGUGGUCCAGACGCUGUACCCCUUCAGCUCAGUGACCGAGGAGGAGCUCAACUUCGAGAAGGGGGAAACCAUGGAGGUGAUCGAGAAGCCCGAGAACGACCCCGAGUGGUGGAAAUGCAAAAAUGCCCGGGGCCAGGUGGGCCUCGUCCCCAAAAACUACGUGGUGGUCCUCAGUGACGGGCCGGCCCUGCACCCUGCACACGCCCCACAGAUAAGCUACACCGGGCCCUCGUCCAGCGGGCGCUUCGCAGGCAGAGAGUGGUACUACGGGAACGUGACGCGGCACCAGGCCGAGUGCGCCCUCAACGAGCGGGGCGUGGAGGGCGACUUCCUCAUUAGGGACAGCGAGUCCUCGCCCAGCGACUUCUCCGUGUCCCUUAAAGCGUCAGGGAAGAACAAACACUUCAAGGUGCAGCUCGUGGACAAUGUCUACUGCAUUGGGCAGCGGCGCUUCCACACCAUGGACGAGCUGGUGGAACACUACAAAAAGGCGCCCAUCUUCACCAGCGAGCACGGGGAGAAGCUCUACCUCGUCAGGGCCCUGCAGUGACGGCGCCCCGGCCCCACGCUCGCCGCUUGGUGGCGCUACCGCCCGGCCCUGCCGCGGAGGCUCCUCCCGUGGGGACGGCCCCGACGGCUUCCCAGCGAGUCUCUCUUUAAGUUCAGGUCGCUUGGUCGGUUUGUCUCCCAUUCGCCAUCCAGGCCUCACCCACACUCGAGCCCACCCGGCCGGCCACCUUUAGCGGAGGGGAGGAGCAGGGCGAGUUCACGUUAUUCCUUUUCCAUUGGGAACGGCACUCGAUCCCGCUCACGGAACCCCUCAUGACAAAGACACGGGGCACCUUUGAGCGCGUGAGCGAGCCUCAGGCCACCCAGCGGCGGCACCCACGUCCUGGGCCCUCCACGUGCUGGGCAGAGCAGGUGCAAUGGCCCCAGUCCUAGCAGCCCUCGCCCGUGUCCUGUGCCCUUACAUGGCUCCCGGACUCUGCAGGGAGCCGACAUGUUUGCUGAUAGCAAUACUGGAACCACCGGGUGCGAUGGCAGUGAGGAGACUGCCCAGUGCCUUUGGGGCUGUGCUUGCAAUAAAGAAAGAGUUUCCUGGAAAGGCAGUCUGCAAAAGAGGGAACCGGUGACUCAGACAGAUGUUUUGGUAAUUUACCCCAAAUGUGCCAUCCACAUAGUGCUUUUUCCUCUUGCCCUUUGGCUUGUUUGAAUCUCACAAUUAUGUAUUUAAUUCUCAAAGAAAUAUGUAUCUGUAGCUGUUUGUUGACACUAAUACAGAUGAUUAAGGAAAACAGCUGAUCUUUGGGGAAGGGAGCUACCAACACUUUAUACACACACACGCACAUAGACACGCACACACACAUGCACACACACACACACUAUAUAUAUAUAUAUAUUAUUUACAGGGAAAAUUUUCAGGGUUUACAGAAGAGUAUGUGAUUGGUAGUAAGAGACACACAGAAUGUUUAUGAAGAAAUUGCAUUUUCUUUUUCCUUUACAUUUGAACUUCUUUAUAGUUUAAAUAUACCGUCUUGAGAUGGCACAUUCCUACAAUUGAAGAAGGGGUCUUGAGAUCCCCUAAACUUGCAUACCCAGUUUUUUGGAUAUUGUAAUAAAAAAAGUAUUAUGACGAG